GUGCCAGCGGAGCUUCAUAAGGAGCGUCCCACCUGGGGCUGGCACGUGUAGAUUCCUGGAGGCCACCAUGGCGAUUGGCCUGACAGCUCUGGGGCUCCUCGCUUUCCUGCUCGGCUGCUCCGGAACCUUUGUCGAACCCCAAAACUCGGAGCGAACCGCCAAGUGCUCCCUGACUGGCAGAUGGGUGAAUGACAGGGGCGCCAAGAUAGUCAUCAGCCACAACAUUAAUGGGGUGUUCAGCGGCGUCUACGUGGCGGCCCCAAGUGCCACCAACAAGACCAUCCCGCCACUCAUGCUGCAGGGCAUCCAGCACCUGGAUCCUCAACCCACCUUUGGCUUCAUUCUGAAGUCGAACAUCUCUGCCUCCAGCACAGUCUUUGUGGGCCAGUGUUUCAUAGAUGAGAACGGAGAGGAGCAUCUGAAGACAGCUUGGCUGCUGCGGAGAAACUUGCCAUCCCCGGCAGAAACUUGGAAGGCAACUAGUAGCCCAGCACAGCCCCCAUAUUUCUAUGGGGCAAAGAGGCCACCUGGGUGCCUUCUCCGACCAAGCACAAGGCCUGCAGCUCUUCUGCUCCCCACCAAAGAGGACUCCUUCUUGGUCACCUGGAUGGAGCUUCUUCAAGGGAGGCCCCCAAAGACCGAGGAGAAUUCGCCCAGCCUGCUUUGGGUCAGUGUCCUUCCCCUCAUCAGACGUGGCCUGCAAUGCGUGGUUGGGGACCUAGCCGGCCCUGUCCGCCCCUGAGAACCAGCAGCGUCCAUUUCCUUUGCCCCCCUUUUCAUUCUCACUGUUGGCACGGACACCUUCAAGAGGGUGAAGACAGGCAGCCUUCCAUUGUUUCUGCGUUUGGGGGGAAAUGGGGAGGAUGACCCUUCCUACUUUACCCAUGAGACCCUCUUCUCCAAUAAAAUGUUUCUA